AUGGGCUCGGACGCUGCCGCUUGGCUACGUCACGGCAUGGCCUGCCGCAUGGCUUUGGAUAUGGGAUUCAAUCUUGAUCCCUCUGCUUUAUUACGCGCUGGGCAGAUUUCUUCAGAAGAAGCUCAAUUACGAACUCGGAUCUACUGGUCACUUUAUUGCACAGACAAAUUGUGGUCCACAUAUAGCGGACGCGUUUGCACCAUGCUUGAAUUCCAAUGCUCCGCUGCUCUGCCAUCAGCUCUGAAUUCUACCAAAGAAAGCAGCACACCUAGGGAACUCAAUUCCAGAGACAAAACUUUGCUUUCGACGCUUCAUUGUGAAUUAUCAAUCCACUCUCAGACGCUGGAGAAGAUAUUGGUCAAUAUUUAUGGCCCUAGGAAGAUAUCAUCCGGCGUAGAAAUGCAAUGUCUAUUUGACACAUAUCUACUCGAGCUCAAAAGGUGGAAGUAUUCCAUUCCUCCUGAACUGAAAGUGGAUCGGUCCACAAAGAAGAACAUGUUUCCCCAUGCCUUCAUACUCAACAUGACAUAUCACACAUCCAUCAUACUACUGUGCAAACCGUUUCUUCCCAAACAGAAACAAGGCUAUGGUUUAGCAGAACCACACAACGGGGUAGAAAAGGCUGCUGAAACCGCAAUUCUUCUCUGUGCUGAAUCUGCGAAAGAAAUAGCCAUCCUGAGUCAGCAAUAUCGAUCUACCUUUGGCAGCUUUCGAAGAAGCCCUGUCACGGCUACGCAUUGCACACUUUCUGCUGCUCUUGUGACCUUUCAGCUCCACCAUCUUGGACACACACAAGGUCAAACGUCCACAAAACAUCUGUUGGAAACCUUUUCAAAGACACUGGAGGAACUAUCGGAUUCUUGGUUUCCUGCCCGACGAUACUGGAACAGUAUUCGGCAAAUGGCUCAAGGCUUGAGGCGGGCAGGUGCUGGUGAAACAGAUAUUGUUCAGCCAACGGCAUUUGAUCUCCAAGCCACAUAUGGUACCCCGGAAAAUUUAUAUAUUCCACAACCAGAAACUCAGGGG